GAGGAGGAGGAGGGGAAAAAAGGUUACAUUGUAGCCGUCUUUCUGUCUCUCUCUCGCGCGCUCGCGCGCGCUGGCGCGCAGGCGCAGAAGAGGGAGUAGGGGGGAAAAACCAGGAGAACCGCGGCCUCCUGCACGUGUGAACGCGCGGCGGGACCCGUGUCGGGUCGGAUCGGCCCACGGAGGCGGCAGCGGCUUCUCCUCCUCCUUCUUCCCGGGCCAGGAGCCAUCGGCUUUGGGGUAGGGAGAAAAGAAAGUAACCCUAACCUCGCGGUCCCCCCUGGCCUCCAUGGCCGGCGGAGGCUGGACGCUGCCCGGCGGGGAUUUCCUCUCCCCGCAGCCGCCGGCUUCCCAGCAGGAGCAACAGCCGCCUCCGCCGCCGCCUCCUCCUCCUCCUCCGGAUGCCGCCUCCACCGAGGCGAGGAAGCCGGCCUUGGAGCCGUGGCGGGAGGCUCAGGAGAGCGACCGGCAUUGGGCUCUCCGAAGGCAGUUCCUGCUCCGCAACCUGCCGGGCUACCGGGGCUCCGACGCCUUCCAGCAGCUGCUGGCCCUCUCGCACGUCUGGAGCAACCACGUCUUCAUGGGCUGCAGGUAUGGCUCCCAAAUUAUGGAGAAAAUCCUGCAGAUGGCAGAAGGCAUCGAUAUUGGUGAAAUGCCAUCCUUUGAACUGGUGCCGGGCACGAAGGCAGCCAAACGACCACGAUCCCCACGCCAUGACUCUCCCCAAAACUGCAAGAAUCCAAGAAAGCAAGCUCCCAAAUUCCGUGUCCGGCCGCGCUUUGAGCCAAUCCACUUUGUCGCCAGCAACACUCAACCGCCGGCAAAAGAGGAGUCUUCAGAAAACCAAGUCCAAGACACUCCGGAGAACAUCACGGCCCAGCAGAUCCAAAGCUAUGCUGAUCGGGUGUUUAGCAGCUUCAGCACCCAAGAUGGGGACCUCCAGUUCUCAAGUUCAGUAGGCCUUGGCUAUGGAAGUAGCCAGGUCAAACCCCCUGACGCUAAAGUGGCUCUCGUCAGUACAGAGACUUCUAGUGCGGGGGGCACGACGGCUUCGUUGGACUCUCUUCUUCUCCAACCCUCUUCUGAAACGUUCCCCAAAUCGGUGGUAACAGCCAAGCAGUGUUUCAUUAACAAGCUUGUAACGGCAGUCCGCAACAAUCUCGGCAACCCCAAUUGUAGCGGUGGGCCGGACAAAAUUAAUUACACGUAUCUUUUGACGCGGUCGAUUCAGGCUUGUAAGACCAACCCGGAAUAUAUUUAUUCUCCCCUGAAGGAUAUUUCUCCCGCUGAUCUUCCCAAGAAGAAGAAGAUCCUCAAAGAAGGAUUUGCCUGUGAGGUGAGGUGCCAGAACGUCUAUCUGACCACGGGCUAUGCGGGUAGUAAAAACGGUUCCAGAGACCGGGCUACUGAGCUGGCGGUGAUACUGCUGCAGAAACCCGUUGAAGUCAAAGUAGUUCAGCGGAAAUUCAAGAACGCCACGCGGGAAGAUUUGGUGGUGUGCGAAAGUGGGACGUCUCCUCUUGAAUUCCCGCCAGCACUCAAACCGCCGGAUGAUACGAACCCCCCUGCAAAGGACAGUGUAUCGGGACAGCCAGGUUCGGAUCCACAACAGGGGCCCAGCUCAGCCAAACACUGGACUAACUUUGUCCUCACCGAAAACGCCAGCGACGCCAUUGGCAUUUUGAACAAUUCUGCCUCCUUUAACAAAAUGACCGUGGAGUACAAAUACGUCUUGAUGCCCAACCGUCUCUGGCGUUGCAGCGUCUAUUUGCAAGGCCACUUCUUAGCGGAAGGCUGCGGCACCAAGAAAACCAGCAAGCACGCCGCGGCGGACGAAGCCGUGAAAAUCUUGCAGAAGACGCAGUCCAACGUCAGCGCCACCAAAGCCGUCCAGGUUCAGAAAGUCAGCGGGGCUGCCCGCAACCCGGCAAAGAAGAAGAACUUGAAGGACCUGGUGGUGUAUGAAAACUCCAUGAAUCCGGUCUGCACGCUGAACGACACCGCUCAAUUCAACAAGAUGACAGUGGAAUACGUCUUCGAAAGGGUGACCGGCAUGCGCUGGAAGUGCAAAGUGAUGCUGGAGAACGAAUUGAUCGCCGAAGCCGUCGGCGUCAAGAAGACCGUCAAGCACGUGGCCGCCGAGGAGGCCGUGAAAGUUCUCAAAAAGACCCAGCCGACCGUGGUUAACAAUUUGAAAAAAGGCACCAUCGAAGACGUCAUUUCCCGGAAUGAGAUUUGCGGCCGCUCGGCCGAAGAGGCCUUGAAGCAACAGAUUAAAGAAGACAACAUCGGGAAUCAGAUUUUAAGGAAGAUGGGCUGGACGGGGGGUGGUUUGGGUAAAAGCGGGGAAGGGAUCCGGGAGCCCAUCGCGGUGAAGGAGCAGUUCAAAAGGGAAGGGCUGGGACUGGAUGUCGAAAGAGGUUCUCAGAUCACCAAAAAAGAUAUCGAGCAGAUCAUCCAAAAUUACGCUUUCUCGGACAGGAAGAUCGAUCUGACUUUUUCGACGGAACUCACCAACGACGAGCGGAAACAGAUCCAUCAGAUAGCCCAAAAAUACGGGCUGAAAAGCAAGUCCCACGGCCAGGGCAGGGAUAGGUACCUAGUGGUCAGCCGGAAGAGGCGUAAAGAAGAUUUGCUCGACCAGCUGAAGCAGGACGGUCAAGUUGGUCAUUAUGAACUUAUCAUGCCGCAGGAGAAAUAGGGAGCGAACCCGGGGGGAAAAAAAAAAAUUCCCAUGGGUGGUCUGGACAGGAACCGGGUUUCCAUUAAACAGGGGGAGAGGAAAAAAUAACCCAGACAAUGUAUAUUGUAGUUGGGGGGAGGGGGGAAGGAAAAAAAAAACACCAGGUCAAAUGUUUCCCCUACUUAUUUUAAUUUCUUUAUACUACUUGAGAAACGGUCUUGUCCAAUUUUCAUGUCGUGCAACAGCAUCUGUGCCUGUUUUUAAGAUUCUCUCAAAUAUGACAUUUCCCCUCCCCCCCCCCCGCCCGCCCUUCAUGUUUUAUUAAUUUGGUUAACAGCAGGAAUAGCUACUUGGCAAGGGAGGGGGGGCGACACGGGCACAAUUUUAAAAAGGAUGUUUUUAUUUUGUCCUUUUUUUAAAAAAAAGAAAAAAGAAAAAAGAGGGGAUGUAGAAAGACGGCCGUAUAAAGAGAACUAUAUGUAAAGUGGAUCUUAAUAAUAGAUUUUUUUUUAAUGGCUGGGCAUGCAUGGGAGGGCAUGUUUUAUAUUUAAAAAAGGGUGAGCGUAGAGGCACAAAACUUUUUUUCAGCAUAUCCAGAAAUGGUAUGGCUACAGUAUUUGACCUCUUGGUUGAACUUGAACCAAACAGACCGGAAGAGGCUGCAAAAUUGGCAAAUCCUAAAAAAAUAUAUAUAUUUUUUCUCACUAUCCGACAUCUAGCCUAGUCCUGAUUCACCGUUUCAUUGGACAAAGUGUGUGAUUCCUCCCUCUGCCCCCCCCCCCGCCCUCCACCAUCUAAGGCUUUAAAACUCGUCUUUCAUCGACUUCAGCAGAGGGGGGGGGGGAAUUGCACCUGGCCAAAAUCUCUUUACAGGUUUCUAGCCCUCUGGAUUAAAACCAAGCCGCGGAAGCUCAGGGAUCCACAGAUCGCGAAUGCCACGUUGUUGGGGUACAUAUGGAUGUUGGGUUUAUUUCUUGGGCUCCUAUAGCAUCAAGAGCUAACAAAUUAGCAAAAGGCUUGUCACCUGGUCUGUGCAAUUCCCAGCAGAUCUAUCAUUUGUGAUGUGAUGCCAGGGGGUUUGUGAGGCUUCUACAUUUUGAGAAACCGAGGCAAAUGUAUUAUUGUGUUUUCCAUCAGCUUUAGAGGAGGAGAGCGUCUCUUAUGCUACCUUGUCACAAGCUUAUUUCCAUCGGAACGGACAGGAUGGAGUUUCAUUUAUUUCUCUCCCGGAAGCCUCUACGUAUUACCCCUUUUGUGUAAAUGUGCUUGUAUAUUUUCAUGGGGAGAUCAACAAGUAAAAACAGGUUCUCUCGC